GAAAAUCCGAAUUAGAAAUUCACCCAUAUGUUUAAUGGAUGAAAAGUAUGUUAUAUUAAAUUUAGUGUGUUAAAAAAUAUAUCGCGGGUGAGUUGGCUAAAAAUUCCUGGCGAGACUGUGAUUCAACAUUGAAAAAUAACUUCUUAUAAAAUUUUGCACUAAUGAGUUUAACGAAUAAAUUUAAUACCAACCGAAAGUAUGAAACCUAUAGAAUAUGCAAAGGUUGGUUCGUCUAUUUUUUUCCUGCCGUAACUAUUCGGUGCCUUACGCUUAUACAUAUAUAUUAUAAUCAUCAGUUACUCGAAUCAGUACUCGUAUUGCUAAUACCAGCUCUUCACAUGAGCCGGUACAAUCCUAAAUAUUUAACAAUCCAACAUUUCCUCUGGUGUUCCAAUUUCAAGUACGAAGUUCAAUGUCACCGCACGUAACCAAUGCGAUAGGAUUGUCGAGUCGAGUCGUACUACUGCUUGGUACCAUUCUCAUUUUAUAUAGAUUAGAGACGCAUGCAAGUGUGUCAACGUCGCCGAAAUGAGGACUGAGACAGCCGCCGACAGGUAUACGUGGAAGUACCGUGUAGCGUGUACGCGGCAGUACCUGUAUAACCUCUGGCGGUGCCGUUCAAUGAACCCUACAAGCUACGGCGAAAAGUCACAAACAUUGGACGAAAACAUGUGAAAAUCAGACGAUAGUUUUUUGCAAAUCGGUGAUAGGGUACCACUUCUAGUGGGUACCGUUAAGUGGACAUGGAGGGUGGCAAAAAGAGUGUAUUUUGGGCGUACGUGUAUUGGUUAUUUGGAGGAAUCUUCGGACUGCAUUUGUUCUACUUGGAAAGGGACAUCCACGCCUUUCUGACAUGGAGUACUCUAGGUGGAUACGGCCUGGGGUGGUUGGCCGAUGUUACCAAGAUCCCCAGGUACGUCAAGGACUACAACAACGAUCCACAGUUCUUAGCAGAGCUCAGCGAGAAGAUGAGGAAAAACGCUAAGCCUCCAUUUUCGUCAAGUAGAUUUAUCUCAGCGAUCACUGUUAGCUACUUAUGGGGGCAGUUGGUGAAAUUGGCUAUUCCAGAAGAAGAAGUUGCUGGGAUAAAUUGGAUGCCUUUUUGCCAUUGGCUGAUACCAUUUGCCAUAGGAUUAGGUGUCUGGGUGGUGGGUAACAUAGGGCGUGAGCAAGGCUCGUUGUGGCUAACGAUGGCGACUGCGUACCUCACAUAUCUUAGCCGUUGGUACAUCUACGAUGAUAGUAUCUGGAUGACUAUCAUGACUGUUUCCUGUGGACUCGUCUUCGACACGUUCUCUAAGCAGUGGCGGAGGACGCCAAGAAAGAAAAGAUCUUUCAUCCAACGCGUGACUGUGAUAGCAGUUUGCGGCCUCAUCUACAGCUCUUUAUGGGUGAGCUAUUUUUACUUCAAUGGGAAAAUCACAGACACUAAUGGAGAUGAGAUCCCAGUGCACGAGGCAAUACAUCACUUCUUCACAUCGCCAUGGUGGACGGAUCUCUAUCAAUCACUAUUCGAUACUUAUAAUUAUGCGCAACAUCACGGGUGGUGGGAGGUGUGGAAGCAGAUCGUGGAGUUAUCAGACCCACAAGGGGAGAAGAACGCGUACAAGAUUCUGGGCGUGGGGCCCACAUCUAGUCAGUCAGAAAUAACGGCCAGUUGGAGGAAGCUCAGCAGGGAGUUUCAUCCAGACAAAGUCAAGGAUCCAGAUAAGCAGAGGGAGGCUCAGGAGAAGUUUAUGGAGAUUCAGCAGGCAUACGAGAUCUUGUCCAACAUCAAGCACAGACGGAAGAGGAAGAACAAACAGUCGGUGAAGGAGGAGGAUCAAUAGCAGUCGUUGUUCUUUAGAGCUUAGCUUUAUUAUGUACUAUAAAUAUAUUUUUACUAAGAUAAAAUAAAGUUGAUGAAUUAUAAAACUU